UUUGCUAAGCACAUUAUCAAGACCGGUCAAUUUGGUGGCAUGAGGUGAUUUCAGUUCUCGCUGUAAUAAAAUACAAAAUACAUCAUCCUUCUUCGAGUAACGAGUAGAAAACGAGUAGGAACGAGUGGAUAGCGGAGGACCUGUCUUCUGGAAUAUAAUAUAUCAACCAACUACCUCUACAAAUGAGCAACAGCAUAUAUAAUUGAUGCGGUCCUGCUGUCCGAUGAGAGAGGAUUGACCAGCUCGUCCUCAGCUCAACAGACGUCUCCCUGGUCCGAGUCGAGCUAGGGGCCACCAAGGACACCCCAAGAGGCACCUCAUCUGUCCACCCUUCCUUCGACACCAUUUCUUGCUUGAGUCGGACCCCCGUAAGCGUUUCAAAACUGUUUCUCCAACGCUUCUUCCAGAAACUCAGACUGUUUUCCAGAGCAGAAGCAGCACAGCCCUCCCAGACAGAGGUGAUGGGAAGUGUGCGCGCUGACCGCUACAGCAUUGUAUCAUCCGAGGAGGACGGAAUGAAGUUAGCCACCAUGGCGGUACCCAACGGCUACGGGAACGGCAAGGGCAAGGUGCACACGCGGCGCCAGAUUCAGAGCCGGUUUGUCAAGAAGGAUGGUCACUGCAAUGUGCAUUUCAUCAACGUGAGCGAGAAAGGCCAGCGCUAUUUGGCCGACCUCUUCACCACCUGCGUGGACAUCCGUUGGCGGUGGAUGUUUGUUAUUUUCUGCCUGGCCUUCCUCCUGUCGUGGCUGUUUUUCGGCUGCGUCUUCUGGUUGGUCGCCAUCUUUCACGGGGAUUUAGAAAACAGCAGCCAGAAGUGUGUCUCCAACGUCAGUAGCUUCACCGCGGCUUUUCUCUUCUCCAUCGAGACGCAAACGACAAUCGGCUACGGCUACCGAUACGUGACGGACGAGUGCCCAGUCGCCGUCUUCAUGGUGGUCUUCCAGAGCAUCGUGGGCUGCAUCAUCGACGCCUUCAUCAUCGGCGCCGUCAUGGCCAAGAUGGCCAAGCCCAAGAAGAGGAACGAGACACUGGUGUUUAGCCACAACGCCACGGUGGCCAUGAGAGACAACAAGCUGUGCUUGAUGUGGCGCGUGGGGAACCUGAGGAAGAGCCACCUGGUGGAGGCCCACGUCAGGGCUCAGCUCCUCAAGUCCCGCACCACGGCGGAGGGGGAGUUCAUCCCCCUGGACCAGAUGGACAUCGACGUGGGCUUCGACAGCGGGGUCGACCGCAUCUUCCUGGUGUCGCCCAUCACCAUCGUCCACGAGAUCGACGAGGACAGUCCCUUCUAUGACAUGAGCAAGCAGGAGCUGGAGACCUCAGAGUUUGAGAUUGUGGUCAUCCUGGAGGGCAUGGUGGAGGCCACGGCCAUGACCACCCAGUGCCGCAGCUCCUACCUGGCCUCUGAGAUCCUCUGGGGCCACCGCUUUGAGCCUGUGCUCUUCGAGGAGAAGAACUACUACAAGGUGGACUACUCUCGCUUUCAUACGACAUAUGAGGUGCCGAGCACCCCGCUGUGCUGUGCCAGAGACCUCGCGGAGAAAAAAUACAUCCUAUCCAACUCUAACUCCUUCUGCUACGAGAACGAGGUGGCGCUCGCGAGCAAGGAGGACACAGACGAGGGGAACGGGGGGAGUGUGGGCCCGGACGGAACUCAGACGGACAAUGUUUCAGACACUGACCACAGCCAGGCCACGGUGCCGCUAGAGUCGCGUCCUCUGAGGCGAGAAUCUGAGAUAUGACUGGUGGAGACCUCGCAUAUGAGAUCCUCCUUAACGACCUGCUCUAAAAGGCACAUUGACACGAGCUGGGCCUUGGGUGAAGGACAGGUUCCCGCUGAUGGUACGGCUGUGGGAAGGGGCUAGGACUGGGGAACGCAUGUAACGGGAAGUUCUCAGUAUGACAAAAUCUUAGCACGCUGAAAGUGUGUGCAUAGGAGGAAAAGUCUCCCACAAAAGACGUAUUUUGUGUCCAUUGACUGGAGCAUACCAUGUCACAUUAGGAAAGGGGGGGGGGGUUUAGAUGACUUGAAAAUGUCAGGGAUUUGUCUGUUGAUUGGCCCAGUUAACGAUGUACACGAGGGUUUGUUAUGAAGGUGUUUUUGAUGCUUCAACAGUCUUUCUUAAAUGUUGGAAGGUGCAGGAGCUCUGCUUUUACACGUAGGGAAACACGGGCAAAUAUGCAAGGAUACUCAUCGAGAACUAGAUUUGCUCUAAAACAGAAACAUUUAGCUAAUUUGCACAUUAAUUGGGCAUACGUUUGUAAAAGGUCCUUUUAAAGUUAUUGGAUGUUUCAUCCAUGAAUCCCUUUCAGAAACAAAAAUAAUUUUCCAAACUGAAAUAGUACUUAUACAAGGAAUGACUGGUUCUUUAUAAAAGUAACUGAACACAUUUUUAAAUCUUUGUCUGAUGGUGUUGCCAUCUUAGUGAUGGCAUAGUGAAAUAUGAUUUUCUUACUAGCUGUUUGCUAUAUCAAUAUGUGUCUGAGGCAGAAAUGGUACACUGCAUGAAUGAUUAUGAGCUGGUCUCUCGACAGACAUCACACAUGGCAGAGUUCUAAAGAAGAAACAUUCUUGACAGAAGAUUUUUGUAUGUAUUGGAACUAUUUUUUUGAUCAGGCGAGCAACGAUGUUUCUAAAACAUAUAGAUUAUUUUCUGUCUCGUAUCUCAUCCCACAGAAUAGUUGCUGGUCAAAUUGAUGGAAACGAGCCUGUUUACGUGAAGGAAUUAAGCAGGGUAGACGUAUCAGUAUAGAAAUGAAGCGGAGGAUAACUGAAGCCUACAAAAUGGAGGAGUGGUGGUGGGCUAGAAUGAGCAUAUGAAUGUUCUUAAAAGUGCUGCUAUGUUGUUGCAUUUUAUAGGGUUUGACAACAAAAGCCAAAGAGUAUUAUUAUUAUAGUUAAAAAGUGUUUUUUUUUCACUUGUAAGACUGAUAUGCGUAAAUAAUUUCUAAGUAAAAAGAAUAUUUUUCAACUAGUUGUUCACAUUUUAUUACCUUUGAGCCCCUCGAUACGAAGCCUUUGUCAUCGUCAAUAGAAACAUGCAAAGUCUGAGUCAGCCACACGAUGCCACAAACAGUUAAAACAGUUAUGAGGUGAAAUAGACGGUGCUUAUCAAUUGUCCUAAACAAUCAUCUUGACGGAUUUGUAGUUCUUGCAUCUAAAGACUCAAAUGAAGUCUCGACAGGAUAUUGUUAGUUCAAGAGCAUCCAAUUAAAACAUUAUAAUCCUUAAUCUC